UUCCUCACAUCGCAUCUCCCUCUUUCAGAAGCCUCCUUGGGAAGAAGAAGGAGAAGGAGGAGGAGGCAGAAAGAAGCCUCAGAAGCAGCAAAAAAUGAUGAAGUCCGCUCUCGCAGUCCUGCUCCUCAUCCUCAGUGCAGCUCUCCUGCAAGGAAUGCCGACCUCCAGCAGGGGGCACUGUCUGUGUCAAGGAAGGCGCAUGGCACGGGUCAACAUAUCGAAUGUUGCAAAAGUGGAAUACCACCGGCCAAGCCCCAGCUGUGCUCAGGACGAGUUGGUAGUUGUUUUCAAAAGGAAAGGCAGGACAGGAUGCCUUGACACGGCUGGACAGCAGGGAAGGAGCAUAAAAGAGGCUAUUUUGAAGAAAAGGAAGUGAAGACCAGAAAGGAGAAGUAUAUGAAAAUAGGAGUGCUCAUUUCCUUACAGAGGAAGAUUGAUAAUACGGUUCAAGUUGGGUCUCAGGGUUUAAAUUAUUUGAAUGUCUCCUUGAGGACUGACUCUUUAAGGACUCUAAAAACCAUCAUCCUUGUUCAACGAACAUCUUGCUCUCAUAAAACUGCAGGGAUCCUGUAACAAAGCUAUCCCGCCAUCUGUCCAGAUCAGAGUUAGUCUAACUGUAAAAGGAAACAGAAAAGUCUUUGACCUCAAGGACAAUGAUGUCACACGUGUUAUUUUUGUUGUUAUAUUUCCUGUUUUUUUGACAUUUUUAGGAAGAAUAAUGUCCCACCAUCAGGUCAUGUUUGUAUCUUUCUUUCUAAGUAUUUGUGUAAGCUAUUAAGAGUUAGAAAAUAGGUAUUUCCUCUGUUUGUUUUGUCCACUUGGUGUGUUGUACUACAACACCCAUCGUUUCCAAACUCCAUUGCUGGCUGUGUUAUAACACCACACAUGUAGAAGGUACUAUAGUGAAGAAAGCUGAUGUAGAUGUCCAAAUUCUCCUUUCGAAUCCACUCCUGUAACUACAAUUAAGCUGCAUUCCCAGGACAAAUGGGGAAAAUGGGCAUUUAUUUUUUUAAGUGUAUCUUUGCUUUUGACAUGGAAAGCUAACCCUUCCCUUUCCUGCUGCAAUUUUAAGACAGACCCCUGUCUUAAAAUUGGUAUUUAUACAAAGAGAGAAUUGAAAUCCCUGGGCUAAAUUGGAAUCCC